GUCACCGUCACCCAGUGGGUUCCGGUGUCACCGUCACCCACGGGUUUCGCGUUUCGUCCCAAGACGAGGCCGUGUAGCCUUUUCGUCUAGCAUUUCUUUUUACGCACUCUCUCGGAUUGGCGAUGGCGGAUCAGGCAGUUUAGCAGACGGGUAGUCUCACGUUUCGGCCGGGGAAUCGAUACAGCUCACCGUCACAGUGGUAGGGUUUAGCAGAAGAUUCGCCGUCGUUAAUUGGACGUCAGGCUGGAUAUGCACGACAUUCUGUUCUCUGUGUGAGCGUUUGAUCGAGAAUCAGCUGCGCUGCGGACACUCGCUUCAGCCCUACGAUUGCUGCGUAUGGGGCUGUAUGCUAGGCACAAGCAAGAUUUUCGGUUACCGAAUUGAGAAUCGAAAAUCCAUGGCUCAAAUCAGAUCCAUAAUAUCGAAGGACAUACCAAUCAUAGUGUAGGAGUCCACCUUGCCUGAUCGAGCUGCACAAUCGGACGACGCAAAAGGUAGAAAGAAGAAGGUAUGCGCUGCAGUUCUGUCGUCUGCAGGUUUGCUGUUUGGCCAUAGAGCUUCUCUCUUGGGAGAGAAGAGCUUGCGACCGGCAGGCUGCAGGUAAUCUUCACAAUCCUGCGCGUCUAGAUAUGGCGCUCAAGCGGGCAACAAGAGCGACGGACAUAGGAGACGAUGAGGCUGAUGUCCCACUGCAGGCUGUGCUGUUGGCCGACAGCUUCGCCCAGCAAUUUCGUCCCAUAACUGACGAGCGCCCGAAGGUUCUCCUACCACUUGUAAAUGUGCCCAUGAUCGACUACACUUUAGAGUGGCUGGCUUCUGCCGGAGUUGAAGAAGUCCUUGUGUUCUGCUGUGCCCAUGCUAAGCAAGUCACUAGUUAUUUGGAACAUUCUCGGUGGACCUCGCAGUCAAAUUUUACUGUGACCCCCAUUGAAUCACGAGAUUGCGUGAGCGCUGGUGAUGCUCUCCGAGUUAUUGAUCAACGCAACGUGGUUCGAGGAGACUUUAUCCUUAUCAGUGGCGACACUGUGAGCAAUAUGUCUCUUAAGGAGGUGCUCAAGGAACACCAAGAGAGAAGGAGGAAGGACAAGCUGGCUGUUAUGACCAUGGUUUUUCGGAGGUCGAAACCUCACCCUCUAAUUCAUCAAACACGUUUGGGAAACGAAGAGCUUCUCUUGGUAAUUGAUCCAAGUACAAAGCAGCUGCUGCAUUUCGAUUCCCUGAAAGAGGCUGGUGGGAGGGAGAGCGCGAGACAGCAAACCCUAGCAAGACAAGUUGUAUUGGAGCGCUCGAUACUUGCAGAUAGACCUGCUGUGCAACUUUGUUUAGACGUUCAGGAUUGCUACAUCGAUAUUUGCUCUCCCGAGGUUCUUCUACUCUUCACUGAUAAUUUCGACUACCAACACCUACGUCGUGACUUCGUCAAGGGACUCCUCAGCGAUGAGGUUAUGGGAAAUAAAAUAUACACACAUGAAAUCUUCGGUGACUAUGCUGCUCGCAUAGACAACAUGCGGGCCUAUGAUGUCGUGAGCAAGGACAUCAUUCAUAGAUGGACCUAUCCAAUGGUUCCCGAUAUUCGAUUUGCAAGCCCGGAAACUGGGAUCAAGAUUGGGCGCUCAAAUAUAUAUAAGGAAGAUGGAGUUGUACUGGCACCUACGACCGUUAUUGGCCCGAGUACAGUGCUUGGCACCGGGACUUCGAUCGGUGACAAGAGCAUCGUGAGAAAUUCAGUGAUUGGAAGAGGUUGCACCAUAGGAAGUAAUGUUAACAUCGAAGGGAGCCACAUUUGGAACAAUGUAACAGUGGGUGACAAUGUUCAAAUUCGUCACGCUGUAAUUUGUGACGGGGUCGUAUUGAAGUCGGGUGCAAUCAUUGAGCCCGGGGUUCUUCUCUCAUUUAAAGUGGUGAUUGGAGAAAAUUUCACAGUUCCAGCUUACUCCAAGAUUUCCCUCGUCCGUCAGCGGCCUGAGGAGGAUAGUAGCGAUGAAGAGUUGGAAUAUGCUGAAGCUGCCAGCGGUGUUGCCGAAAGUCCUCCUAGUCCUUUCUACGAUGGACGUGUUGUAAACGGAUCCCCAGCUCAUGGUGGAGACGAGCUUCCUGAAAGCCCUCGCUGGGAUCCUUCGGAGGUGGGAAUAGCAGGUGCAGGAUGUAACUGGUCUGCCGGUCAAGACGAAGAAUGGAGGCACUCUGUGGCCCCUAUUCCAUCUGAAAGGAUACGGGAAAUUGUAGCGAGGGAGGAAGAAGGUGAGCUUGAAGAUGACGCACGGGAUAUGACGGCGUCUUCAACGAAUGACAAUAUUGCAGAGCAGGUUGAUGAUGAUGAAGCAGAUGAAGAAGAUGAGAGUGCGUUCUUUGACAAAGAGGUUGAGGCCCUUUUUAGGAGAGCUGUGACCGGCGAGGCUGGCGCGCAUGAAGAUCAUGUUGUGUUGGAGGUCAACUCCUUAAAGCUUGCAUAUGACCGCUCGUUCUCCGAUUGUGCUGGAGCCAUGUUUACAGCCUUGCUAAAUCUUGCUUCAGAACGCCCUCAUACAACGUCAAGAGACUUACUUCAAAACUGCAGGCAAGUUGUAGUCCAAUGGGGACCUCUGCUCAGAAGGUUUCUCAAAUCUCAAGAUGAUGAGAUGGAAGUGCUUCUCGUGUUUGAAGAAAUUUGUGUAGAAGACAACAGGGAAUUUGCUCCCAUAUUUGCUUCGGUCCUUCAAGAAUUGUAUGACAAAGACGUCAUAUCUGAAGAGGCAAUCAUUGCAUGGGCCUCAGAAAAACAGCAGGCUGAUGAAUCAGAUAAAGUAUUUGUUAAACAGUGUGAGAGAUUCAUUCAGUGGCUCGAGGAAGCAUCCGAAGAAGACGAAGAUGAUGAGGAUGAGGAAUAGGCAUGAGGCAUGACGUCGUUCUUGGUGUACAAACAUGCAUUUUCUUCUGCGAAAGUGAUGUUGAUGUAGUUUAGGUUUCACGAGAAAUGACUUUGCGGCGCGACUCCCAUUAUCUUCGGGCGGUUUUCGAAAGUUUCGGAGCUUGAGAUGAACGUGAUAUCCAGUUCAAGCUUUAUGGAUGUCAACGGUCUGCGAUGACUCACCAUUUCCACGGAAUGCUAUAAGAUGGCGAUUCUGUGGAUCAUAUUUUUCACGAGAGUAAAUUUGAGGCCUGAGUUUUGUGCACUGGAGCUUUUUUUAAAACAAUUUUGAUGACUUCUCAAAUUUCUAGCAUAGUAAACUGACAUUGUACUUGUAUCACAGUGCCCGUGAAGCCUUCGUUUGUCGAUCCGGGCGAAAGCUACUCCAUUGAUAUCUUUUACAAGCUUACUUCCAGAACGAAAAGUCUGGAACGAGGUUUUGAAGUAGGGAUUCCCCGAGACGUGUUGGCCUAGGCUAGGCCCCUAUCUUCACAUUAGAAAUUGAUUUAAUUCAGAUAGUUUUGAUUCACCAAUCGAACAGACUCACAUUUCUCGCCAUUCGUUCCCGGCCAAGACGUGUGUAGAAAACGUUUGCUCGGUAUAAGUUUGGUAUUAAUAUCUCCAGUACCCCCAGGGCUCACGUCCUCACAGGGCCCAACUAAUUGCUUACCACCGGGCUUCCUUGAACUUCCUCAGAGGUCGUGGAAUGGAGUAUGUGUUGAAGCAUGCACUUUGCAGUUGUCACUCAUAUUCGGCACUGCUCUACUUCUAAGCGAAGCUAAUAAUAUUAUUUGUUUGUGGAAGAUAGACAAUGCGUAAUUUUGAGCAAAACUGGAAAUUUGCAGCACGUGUCCAUAGAUUUUAGUCCUGAAUGUAAUGGGGAUGCUGCAGAGCUCGUUUUGGACUAAGCUUCCAUGAACAUUUACGUUUAUGAAGCAUACUUCUGACGUAGUGA